UCGAAGCCCACAGUCGGAAACUCAGCUCCCGAACCUACGAAGAUCGUGUCUCUCUCUCGCGAGUUUCUCUCUCUAUUCUUCUACGCCAUAAAAAUCCUUGUUCAUUUCUCUUCCUCCAAGUCUGAUUACUACAAUCGAUUAAGAUGGAAUGAGCAGAAUCGAUUUUGUCCAUAUCUGUUAGUUCAAUCUAGUAGAGUUUGGAAGUAAAUUGCGAUGUAUACAAGGAUCAUAAGGAGGAGGCAGAGAUUAGGUUUUGUACUGAAGCAAGACAAAUGCUUAGUUAGGACAGCGACUCGUGACUUCACCGGUUCGCCAUCAUAUAGAUUAGCAAAUAUACUAACGAAUCAUUGUACAAGAAAGUAUCCAUCUUGUGGUGCUAUUGCCUCUGGAAACUGUUGGAGUCUCUCUUGGAACAGCCAGUUGCGUCGGUUUAGUUCUGAAGGCGAUGGAAGGAAUGCUAGUGAGGAUAACCGGUUCCCUCUGAACAAAGAAAAGACGGGAAAAGAGAAGAGCGGUUUAGGUGUUGAGCAUUUCGAUUCUCACGCCCAACUUGGAGAACAGGACCAGAUCGAUUGGCUCAACAAUGAGAAGCUUGCAAGUGAGAGCAAAAAGGAGUCACCUUUUCUUAAUAAACGAGUAAGAUUUAAGAACGAGUUCUUGCGGAGGAUUCAACCUUGGGAAACUAUACAGCUCUCUUGGGAGUCUUUCCCUUACUACGUCCCCGAACACACGAAAGAUACUCUGGUGGAAUGUGUUAGCUCACAUAUAAAACAAAGAAGAGCGGCGUCCACUUACGGUGCUCGGUUAGAUUCUUCAAGUGGGAGAAUAUUGCUUCAGAGUGUUCCAGGCACUGAGCUGUACCGAGAGAGGUUGGUACGAGCACUUGCUCGAGAUACACUAGUUCCCCUGUUGGUUCUUGACAGCAGCGUUCUUGCUCCUUACGAUUUUGCUGAUGACUAUAAUGAAGAGUCUGAAUCAGAUGAUGACACUGCAGAAUCAGAUGAGUGCACUUCAGAGUCCGAAGCUGAGAAUGAAACCGAUGCAAACAAUGACGAGGCAAGUAGCAGCGAGGCGAAAAUAGAUGGAACUGACGAUGAGGAAAGGUAUUUGGAGAUUUCCAAGGAAGUCCUCAAGAAACUUGGGGCCGACAUAGAGGACAUCGAGAAGAGAAUGUCUGAACAUUUACUUGGCCCUUCUGAGGCGUCAAAAGCUGCAGAUGUUGAUCAUUCUGAUAAAGCCAAACGGCCUCUUAAGAAAGGAGAUCAAGUUAGAUAUGUUGGGUCUGCUAAGAGGGACGAAGCAAAGCAUAGGGUCGUAUUGGGGAAGAUUUCUACAUCUGAUGGUCAAAAAAGUGCUUAUACCGUUAUUCCUGGCAGGUGGGUUGUUUUGGAAACACCAUUGGCUGUCCAGAGAGUGAACUUGAUGCCGUUGUCUAGCGGACAACGUGGAGAGGUAUACGAGGUGAGCGGGAAACGUGCUGCGGUCAUAUUUGAUUGUGGCGACGAUAAAACAUCAGAGGGAAGUGAGAAAAAGCCAGCAGAGCACCCCCAGAUGUUACCUAUCCACUGGGUAGAUGUUAAAGACCUCAAACACGACUUGGAUAUGCAGGCAGUAGAUGGCUACAUUGCCAUGGAGGCGUUAAAUGAGGUUUUGGAGUCCACUCAACCACUUAUAGUCUAUUUUCCAGACUUCUCGCAGUGGUUGUCUAGAGCUGUGCCUAAAACAAGACGAAAGGAAUUUGUAGACAGAGUUCAGGAAAUGUUUAAUAAAUUAUCAGGUCCGAUUGUUAUGAUAUGUGGGCAGAACAAUAUAGAAACAGGCUCAAAAGAAAGAGAGAAAUUCACGAUGGUACUGCCAAACUUUAGCCAGCUUGCGAAACUGCCUCGUCCCUUGAAGUGCCUAAAUGAGGGAUUAACGGGAAGGAAUAGAUCAGAGGAGAAUGAGAUAUACAAGCUUUUCUCUAAUGUUAUGCGCCUACAUCCUCCAAAGGAAGAAGAUACCCUCCGACUGUUCAAGAAACAACUUGGAGAAGAUAGGAGAAUUGUGAUAUCACGGAGCAAUAUAAAUGAGUUACAUAAGGCACUUGAAGAACAUGAGCUAUUAUGCACAGACUUAUACCAAGUGAACACCGAUGGCGUGAUAUUAACAAAGCAAAAAGCAGAGAAAGUUAUUGGCUGGGCCAGAAAUCAUUAUCUAGCUUCCUGUCCAGAACCAUUGGUUAAAGGAGGCCGCUUGUCUCUGCCUCGUGAAAGCCUUGAGAUUUCAAUUGCGAGGUUAAGAAAAUUAGAAGAUAAUUCCCUAAAGACCUCGCAGAACUUGAAGAAUAUUGCAAACGAUGAGUAUGAACGGAAUUUUGUCUCGGCUGUGGUUGCUCCUGGAGAAAUAGGCGUCAAAUUUGAAGACAUUGGAGCUCUUGAAAACGUGAAAAAGGCAUUGAAUGAGUUGGUUAUUCUUCCCAUGAGGAGGCCAGAGCUUUUCUCCCGCGGAAAUCUCUUGCGGCCUUGUAAAGGAAUAUUGCUUUUUGGUCCUCCUGGAACGGGUAAGACACUCCUUGCCAAGGCUCUUGCAACAGAAGCUGGAGCAAACUUCAUUAGCAUAACUGGCUCAACACUUACAUCAAAGUGGUUCGGAGAUGCAGAAAAGCUCACUAAGGCUCUCUUUUCCUUUGCCACCAAGCUAGCACCUGUUAUUAUUUUUGUCGAUGAGAUCGACAGUUUGUUAGGUGCUCGUGGUGGCUCUUCGGAGCACGAAGCUACUCGAAGAAUGAGAAAUGAGUUCAUGGCAGCUUGGGACGGGCUCAGGUCAAAAGACAGCCAAAGAAUCCUCAUUCUCGGUGCCACCAACCGUCCUUUUGAUCUUGAUGAUGCUGUCAUUCGUCGUCUACCAAGACGGAUAUAUGUGGACUUACCAGAUGCUGAGAACCGGUUAAAGAUACUGAAAAUAUUUCUCACUCCAGAAAAUCUAGAAUCCGGUUUUCAGUUCGACAAACUUGCAAAGGAAACCGAAGGUUAUUCCGGUAGCGAUUUGAAGAAUCUAUGCAUUGCUGCUGCGUACAGACCUGUUCAAGAACUGUUACAAGAAGAACAAAAGGGUGCUAGAACGGAUGCGUCCCCUGGUCUACGGCCGCUGAGCUUGGAUGACUUCAUUCAGUCUAAAGCUAAGGUGAGCCCUUCGGUGGCAUACGAUGCGACGACAAUGAAUGAGCUGAGAAAAUGGAACGAGCAAUAUGGUGAAGGAGGGAGCAGGACUAAGUCACCUUUUGGCUUCUGAAGAAAAUUUUAAGUUUUGUUAGAUUUAAAUUUUAUUGUUACAAAACCUUAUUUACCUUCCUUUUUUUCUGUGGUUUUCACAUUUGUUACAUCAUAUUGUAGAACUCAGUGUUGUAUCAUUUCUUCAAGUUCUUUUCCAGAUUUCCAUUUUUAUGUCAGAUCUAAUGGAAGACGAAACCUAUAGAAUAAUCAAAGUUGUAAUUGAAUUUUUUAUAAUUUUAUUACCUUCAACGGAAAACAUCGGUCAGUAUUACACCCUGUUUUUCGUUUUUACGCUUAUGUAAGUAAUCACGAUUAUGUUAU